AUGUACCAGUGUUGCCUCAUGUACAGAAGUAUCUCAACUCAGUCAGGUACAUCGAGGAGCUGCAGAAGUUUGUGGAGGAUGACAAUUACAAGUUGUCACAGAAGAUUGAGCCAGGCACCAGCACACCACGAGCAAAUGCCUCUAAGGAGGAUCUUGUUGGCCAGGAAGCGUCAGCAUCUCCUCUCUGCGGCCGUAAAUGUAUGGUAGCAGCUGAAGGAACCAAAGUCCCGGCCACGCCGCCCUCCCCCAGGAACCUGCUGCCCUACGGACACAGGAAGUGCCACAGCCUGGGCUACAAUUUUAUCCAUAAGAUGAAUACAGUCGAGUUUAAAAGUGCUACGUUCCCCAACGCUGGUUCUCGCCACCUGUUGGAUGACAGUGUGAUGGAAAGCCACAGUCCCACGAGGGGACAAGCAGAGAGCUCAACUCUGUCCAGUGGUAUUUCACUUGGGAGCAGUGAGGGCUCUGAGCUCAGUGAAGAGGUGUCUUGGCCGGCGUUUGAGAGGACUCGGUUCUAUCACUCUCUGGGCCCAGUGACCCGUGUGGCCCGCAUCCCCUACAGAGGAGUCCUGAGGCCCAGCAGGUACACUCAUCCCGACCGGAAACCAACCUGACCUGAACCAAACCCUCUCUUAUCCUCAC